AUGUCAGAUAAAUAUGGCCGUAAACGAACUAUGAUAUGGGCUUCCAUUUUAUAAUUUAUUGCCGGCUUUUUUUCUGUAUUUAGUCAAAACUACUACUAAUUUUUAAUUUUAAGAUGUCUUUUUGGAUUUAGUAAUGGUCUUGUUAGCCCCUUAACAUCAUGCUAUACAACAGAAAUAGUUCCUGAGUCAAAAAGAGGCAAAUUUUUUAUUCAUUUAAAUAAUAUAUUUGCCCUUGGAGAAAUAGUAGUAAUUUUACUUGCGAUUUUAUUUCUUGAUAAUCUUGAGGAAGGAAACUGGCGCGCCUUAUUAUUUUGUACCAGUAUGCCAGCAUUAGCCGCUUUAUAUUUCUCAUUUAAAUACUUAAUAGAAAGUCCUAGAUACCGCUUAUGCUGUACUAAUAAUAAACUAUACUAAGUAUUCUAAGAAUUAAAUCAUAUGGGAUAUCUAAAUAAUGCUAAUUUCCUUGAAUUAAAAGAUAUUGAAAAAGAGCAACUUUUAGUUUGGGGAGAAGCUAGUUAUUAACGCCAAAAAGACAAAAUAGGUUCUAUUCGUGAACUUUUUAAAGGCGAAGAUUUACCAAUAACUUUAAACUUGAUGGUAAUGUGGUUUUCUAUUAGUUUUGUGUAUUAUGGUGUUAUGCUAAUGUUACCUAUUAUUCUUAUUUAAUAUAAUGAUAAAAAUGAAUUAGAUUAUAGUUUUGUUUAGUUUUUGGGAAUAUUCCUUUCCUCUUUUGUAGAAUUUCCUUCAAAUUUAGCUGCCUAUUUUACAAUAGAUAAUCCUAAGUAUGGGAGGAAAAAAAGCAUGUUUUAUAGUUAUUUACUUUGCUCUUUACUUUGUUUUAUAGUAUUUUUAACAUAAACGGAUGCUGAAGUCUAUAUUACUGCACUAAGAACUACUGGAUUAGGAUUAAAUAGUGCUGUAAGCAGAAUUGGAGGUAUUCUUAUGCCUUGGAUUUCCUUUUAUUUUUUUAAAUUCGGAAAUGCAGGACCAUUUUUGGGAUUUAGUAUUGUUAGUGGAUUAAGUGCUUUGUGUACUUAUAUUAUUAAGUUUGAUACUUCUAAUUCUAAAUUCUGA